GUCCACAGAGGUUCCGUUUGUGUUUUCCCACAGGACAAAGAAGUGCCAAUUUGGAUUCCAAAGAGAUUGGUCCGGAAGGCCCCUGAGAACAAGGAUGAGGACAAAGGAAGCCAUGAUCUUCCUACUGUCGUGGGGGACUCUGAUAUUCCUAAUUCCCCCGACGGCGACACGUGAAUUAUGGGUUAUUCUGAAGGCUUGGCCCUAUCCUUUACCCUUAACUAAUUCUUCCUUUAUCUCCCCCUGCCCCCGUUCUUCACUAGUUGAAAUACUGAGUGUUGGUUCUAUUGUUCCUUUUUCUGCGCUCUGUGUUACCCCUGUAAAAUUCUCUAACCUUAGUCAGAUUAGCAAUUCCUCCCAACAGCUCUCCCAGUAUUUGCAGGGUGCUUGGUCUGACGAUUUUCAAAAUUUCACACGAAUCCUUCUGGCUGAGAUAACUCGACUAAAUAGUACACGUGUGCAACCAGCUUCCCUUCCAGAGCUAUUUCAAACAUUCAGCAAUACGUUCCAGUUCACCAAACAAUGGGCUGGCAUAAUUGGUCUUCUUGUCCUCCUCCUUAUUGGCAUUCUGCUUCUAUUCAGAAAAGUUCGCCAAUGGAGAACACGGCAGCGAGUGCAGAGCCGAGCUAUAGUACAAGCCUUUAUGUCAAUAGAGGCUGGGACAUCUCCCCAGAUAUGGCUAAGCAUGCUAGGUCGGUAGUCAAAGACGGG